AUGAAGGCUGCUGCUGCCAUCCUCGUCGCCCUCGCCGCUGGCGCCUCCGCCCAGUCGGUCCCCGCCUUCCGCUACGGCACCCCCUCCGCCAACUACCCAGGCGUCAAGGGCACCAACAGGAACGGUCCCACCAACCCCUCCGCCCCGCAGCUCAACACCCCCAUCAACCAGACCUCCGACUCGCGCCUCGCCACCCUCAACUCCAUCGACGACUGGUGCACCUUCGGCCCCCAGGUGCCCGGCACCAUCAUCGGCAACGUAGAGGGCGAGACCGUCGCCUACUGCACAAAGCCCCGUAACAACGCCCGUGUCAUCCCCGACGGAACCGUCACCGGUGCCCACUUUGUCAAGACCCCCCUCUACGUCCAGCUCAUGGCGCUCGGUGACUUCACCAAGAUCGGUCUCGUUGCCGGCGACGAGGGCGGUGAGCUCGACCCGCACGGCGCCACCAACAUGGGCAACCCCGUCGGCGGCAACGUCACCUCCAACGUCUCGGGCGAGGACGUCUUCUACGAGGAGUGGAUGAACUACGUCUCGUACAACCAGCUCUGCUUCCGUAUCUGCAUCGCCGGCUCCGAGCAGGCACCCACCGCGCUCGAGUGCGAGCACGAGCUCGACGUCAUGGGCUGCAACUUUGUCAUGCCCGGCAACUACGCCGACAACGUCUUUGAGACGUGCGACGGUGACGCCGCCUACCCGCCCGGUCUCUACCCCGAGGCCAACGGCCAGACUUCGACCUUCAAGCAGUUCUUCACCGGCGAGUACGUCGCUGGCGGCACCACCUACUCGUACACCAACGGCGCCGCCGACCAGGUCACCCCCACCGGCGCCUACUCCACCCCGUCCACCUCCAACUGCAGGACCACCGCCACCAUCUCCAACGGCAUCAAGUCCAUCGUCCCCUCGUCGUCGUCGUCCGUCGCCUCGUCCAGCUCCGCCUCGGCCUCGAGCGCCUCGUCCACCGGCCGUGCCUCCAACUCGGGCUCCGCCUCGGGCUCCAACUCGGGCUCCGCCUCGGGCUCCGCCUCUACCGGCAACUCGGGCUCGGGCUCCAGCGGCUCCUCGUCGGGCGCCUCGUCGCUCGUCGGCUCGGCUGUCGGCAUCGCCGCCUCGGUCGUCGCUGUCAUGGCGGGCGCCUACCUUCUCUAA